AUGUUAAAAAACGAGCAAGGCCAAAAAUGUAAUUGUCCAACUUGCGGUCAAGAAGUCGACCUAUCAGACAUAAAUGCUCAUUUAGAUUCUCAUUUUGAAAAACCUGCAGCAUCAUCCCCUCCGAAACAAGUUUCACCGUUUUUUAAGAAAGAAAAACCUAGUCCUUUAAAACGAAAUACUCCUUCCUCUUGUCCUUCACAGGGUUCUGUCAAUGCUUCGUCUACCAAAAAACCAAGAGCUUCUAAAAGAGAUAUACGGCCUCUCGCUGAACGUGCAAGGCCGGCGACUUUGGAAGAUUAUGUCGGUCAGGAGGAAUUAGUAGGUUCUCGUGGAGUUAUUCGAAAUAUGAUAGAACAUGACGAAUGUCCAUCAAUGAUUCUAUGGGGAAAUAGUGGUACCGGAAAGACCACUUUAGCAAGAAUCAUUGCAGCUACUACGAAAUCGAGAUUUUUGGAGGUUUCAGCUACUUCGGUUUCAGUGCAAGAAUGUCGAAAAAUAUUUGAGGAAUCUCAAAAUCAUCUUCGGUUAACUGGAAGCAAAACCAUAGUGUUUCUAGACGAAGUACAUCGUUUCAAUAGAGCCCAACAAGAUAUCUUUUUGCCUUUAGUCGAGAAAGGUUCAAUCACAUUAAUAGGCGCUACUACCGAGAACCCUUCGUUUCGUCUUAACUCUGCCCUCAUUUCUCGUUGCCCCGUAUUUGUCUUAAAAAAACUAGAUAAAAAGCAUGUUUUGAAAAUUUUGGAACAUGGCUGCCAAUUAGAAAGAGAUCGACUUGGUGAAAUACCCAAUAUUGAUCCUUCAAUAUUGGAAUAUGUUUCAGCUAUCACCGAUGGAGAUGCUAGAAUGGCUUUAAAUUGUUUGGAAAUGGCUAUAGGAUUAUUGCGUCAAGGCCCCAUUACUUUGGAAGAAAUUAAGGAAAAGUUAGUACGCUCCUCAGCUGUGUAUGAUCGCGUUGGUGAUGUACACUAUGAUACCAUUUCUGCUUUCCACAAGUCUGUACGAGGUUGCGAUGUUGAUGCUUCUCUUUAUUACCUAGGACGUAUGUUGGAAUCUGGUGAAGAUCCAUUGUACGUCGCUCGUAGGAUGGUACGCAUUGCUAGUGAGGAUAUCGGAACAGCUGAUAAUUCAAUGCUUCCGUUGGCUUCAAGCACAUUUACUUCUGUACAACAGGUUGGGAUGCCGGAAGCGGAUGUCAUAUUGGCCCAUUGUGCCGUUGCUUUGGCGAUGGCUCCAAAGUCUGUGGAUGUUUACAAAGCUUACAAUAAUGUUAAGCGAUUUCUAUCAGUAAAUCCUGAUGCAGGAAGGGCUGAAAUUCCUUUGCAUAUACGAAAUGCACCCACUAAUUUGAUGAAACAACUAGGCUAUCAUAAAGGAUACAAAUAUAAUCCGGAUUAUAAAGAUGGUUUAGUUAAGCAAGAGUAUUUACCUGAAUCCGUUCGUGAUGUUAAAUUUUUCAGACUCCCAGCUGACUUACUGGAAGAUGAAGAUUUAAAAAAAUGA